CCGCCUUUUGUUUCUAGGACGCUUUGGCUGCAGUCGUCUGCCCUCUGCUUUUAAUUUGCGGAGGAGAAAAGCCAAUGAAUCGAGAAUGCCUCUGCUCUCCGCUCAUCUUUAUUUUUUUCUUAAAGUUGGUUCUGCCUUUACAAGUUCCCUAACUACCCGGGAGGCGCGGGGGCGGGAGAGGCGGGGACGCAUCACCUGCGCCCCAGUCUGAAGUUUGCAGCCCCGGGUCCCAGUCUGCCCGGGGACUCAGGAGCUCCCGGACGCGGCGUUGGGGUCCGCGGGGUCCGCGCUGAGCCCCGGCGCAGUCCCUGCUGGGCAGCUUCGCACUGUGGUCGCUCCAGACCCGUCUCGUCCCUGCAAAGCUGCCCGAAUCAGGCUGAAUUCCACGAGAUUCGCCGGCGGUUUCGUUCCGGUCCGAGGUCGCCCAGAGGAUCCAGCGAGGGGCGCCGACGCCACGGAGGAGGAGGAAGGAGGAGGCGCGAGCCGAGCGUCCCGGGCAGCUGUGCGUACUUUCUGGAGGGCAGGGCCGGGGAGUCGGCGGGAGGGGGCGGCCCGGCUGCCGGGGACCGGCCGAGUCGCGGCGGCGUUGUCCCUCGUCCGGCCCAGCCCAGCCCCGGGGACACGCGCGCCGUGAUGCCUGGGGAGUGCGCCCGGAGCCCGGCGGCCGGGGCCGCGCGGCUGCGGCUGGCGCGGCUAGCGCUGGUUCUUCUGGGCUGGGUGUCCUCGUCCGCCCCCGCCCCCUCGGCACCCUGGUCCCCGACCGCCGCGCCCCUCCCUGCCCACGCCGCGUCCCCGCGUCCCCCUGGGCCGUGCCCCGCGCCGUGCGAGUGUUCCGAGGCGGCGCGCACCGUCAAGUGCGUGAACCGCAACCUGAGCGAGGUGCCCGCCGACCUGCCCACCUACGUGCGCACCCUCUUUCUCACCGGCAACCGGCUGGCCGUGCUCCCCGCCGGUGCCUUCGCCCGCCGGCCGCCGCUGGCCGAGCUGGCCGCGCUCAACCUCAGCGGCAGCGGCCUGCGGGAGGUGCGCGCCGGCGCCUUCGCGCACCUGCCUGGCCUGCGCCAGCUUGACCUCAGCCGCAACCCGCUGGCUAUCCUCAGCCCCUGGGCGUUUUCGGGCCCCAACGCCAGCGCCGCGGCCCCCAGCACCCUGGCUGAGCUGAUCCUGAACCACCGCGUCGCGCCGCGGGUGGACGAGCGCGACAACCGGACCUUCCAGAACCAGAGCUUCGAGGGCACGGUGGCCGCCGCCCUGCGCGCCGGCCGGGCGCUGCGCGGGCUCCGCAGCCUGGAGCUGGCCAGCAACAACCUGCUCUACCUGCCCCGGGGCGCGCUGACCCACUUGCCUGGCCUCCGCCACCUGGACUUGAGCAACAACUCUCUGGUGGGCCUGACCCACGUGUCCUUCCGCAACCUGACGCACCUGGAGAGCCUCCACCUGGAGGACAACGCGCUCAAGGUCCUGCACAACGGUACCCUGGAGCAGCUGCAGGGCCUGCCCCGCGUUAGGGUCUUCCUGGACAACAACCCCUGGGUCUGCGACUGCGGCCUGGUGGACAUGGUGGCCUGGCUCAAGGAGACGGAGAUCGUGCAGGGCAAAGCCAGCCUCACCUGCGCGUUCCCAGAGAGAAUGAGGAAUCGGGUGCUCCUACAGCUCAGCGCCGCUGACCUGGACUGCGACCCGAUCCUUCCCCAGUCGCUGCAGACUUCUUACGUCUUUCUGGGCAUUGUCCUGGCCCUGAUAGGCGCUAUUUUCCUCCUGGUCUUGUAUCUGAACCGCAAGGGGAUAAAAAAGUGGAUGCAUAACAUCCGGGACGCGUGCCGGGACCACAUGGAGGGCUAUCACUACAGGUACGAGAUCAACGCGGACCCCAGGCUCACCAACCUCAGUUCGAACUCGGACGUCUGAGGGACAUUGGGGACAGAACGAGGACUGGUCUGCAUGAGGCAUAGACGACGCUUUGUCCCUUCCCGGUCUUGCUCCACCUGCCCCCUUGCUCUGGACACCCGGACCUUGCUGAGUGCAGUAGAGGGAUUAGCUUCCUUGGGUAGCGUUUCUCGAACAGCUGUUGAGGGCCCCACAGUCCCCUGGCCACUGUGAUCGGCGGGCGUGGUGGUUGACCCUCACCUUUCCGGGGACUCUACGACGUGCAUGGAGGGAUUUUCCAAGUCUCAGCAGGGACGUGGACUCCCCGUGGCCUCCCUCCUAGUACAGUCCGGGGUGUAGCCAGUGUACCCACACAGGUAGCAUUCCACAAAAGCUGCCUCAACUUUUUUGAGAAAAAAUACUUUAUUCAUAAAUAUCAGUUUUAUUCUCAUGUACUUAAAUUGUGGAGAAAACAAUUGCAUCCCAUAAACUGCCUGCAGAUCUUAGCAAGCUCUUGAGAAUAACUCCGUAGUACACAGGAGUGCGCCUGCAUCCGGGAGCAUGCUUCCCUUCCAUUGUUCUGCAUACUACAACGUCAGAUGACUUCUAUGACAAAAUAAAUUGUCUUUUUGAUUGCAGUUUAUAUGAAACCGUAUGGAAGUUUUUUUAUAAACUGCAUCGAGAGCCAACACUCUGAAUUGUUAAA